UGUAUCACUUCAAACAAAGAUCAAAAGUAGACAAUGCCUUCUUUCUCUCUCGUUAAGUAAAAAAAUGACACUGUACUCUAGAGAGAGAAAGUUCUAAGCUUGAUUUCCCUCUGUAUCCUUUUCCGGGAUUGCCUCUCCACCGUUGAUUUGUUGCUGAUCAUCGGCUUAUUGUCAUCCUUGCCGACGCCUGUAGGGGUUUUUGAUUGUUAUAGAGAGAGAGAAGACAGAAAAGAAAGAUUAGGGUUUGUUAGUUAAUUGAGCUAUUAUGGAACCGCGUGUUGGUAACAAGUUUCGUCUCGGUCGUAAGAUCGGUAGCGGAUCAUUCGGAGAGAUCUAUCUCGGUACUAAUAUCCAAACAAAUGAGGAAGUUGCAAUUAAGCUUGAAAAUGUCAAAACAAAGCAUCCUCAGUUGCUAUAUGAAUCAAAGUUAUAUAAAAUUCUACAAGGAGGAACUGGAAUUCCAAAUGUUAGAUGGUUUGGUGUUGAAGGGGACUAUAAUGUUCUUGUCAUGGAUUUACUUGGACCUAGUCUUGAAGAUUUAUUCAACUUUUGUAGUAGGAAACUGUCUCUCAAGACUGUCCUUAUGCUUGCAGACCAGAUGAUUAACCGCGUUGAAUUUGUUCAUUCCAAAUCAUUCCUCCAUCGAGAUAUCAAGCCAGACAACUUCCUAAUGGGUUUAGGGAGGCGUGCAAAUCAGGUCUAUAUCAUUGAUUUUGGUUUGGCUAAGAAGUAUAGAGACACUUCAACGCACCAGCAUAUUCCUUACAGAGAAAAUAAGAAUUUGACGGGAACUGCAAGAUAUGCUAGCAUGAAUACUCAUCUAGGCAUUGAACAAAGCCGCAGGGAUGAUUUAGAAUCACUUGGGUACGUUCUUAUGUACUUUUUAAGAGGAAGUCUUCCUUGGCAAGGACUAAAAGCAGGGACCAAGAAGCAAAAGUAUGAAAAGAUCAGUGAGAAGAAAGUGUCAACUUCUAUUGAGGCCUUAUGUCGGGGUUAUCCCACAGAAUUUGCAUCUUACUUCCAUUACUGUCGAUCACUGCGUUUUGAUGAUAAACCUGAUUAUGCGUACCUAAAAAGGCUUUUCCGUGAUCUUUUUAUUCGUGAAGGUUUUCAAUUCGACUAUGUCUUUGACUGGACAAUUUUGAAAUAUCAGCAAUCCCAAAUUGCUAAUCCCCCUACUCGUGCUCUUGGCCCUGGUGCUGGACCAAGCUCUGGCAUGCCUCCUUCUGGUGCUAAUAUUGACAGGCAGCCAGGUGGGGAAGAGGGUAGACCUACUUGGCCUUCUAUGGAUCCCACUCGAAGGAGAAACUCUGGACCAAUUACAAGUUCUGUAAAUUUCUCUAAACAAAAAGGUCCUGUUGCAAAUGAUCUACCCUUAUCCAAAGAUGCUAAGUUAUCCAGCACAAAUUUCCUGCGGUCCAAUGGAACAUCAAGGCGACCUGCCAUUUCUAGCAGCCGCGAUGCAGCUCUUACUGGGAAUGAGUCUGAUCCAACUUGGUCUCGCACAACAGAUGCGAGUCCUGCAGUUAAAAUUUCUGGUGGACAAAGAAGUUCGCCCAUUGUAUCUGCAGAGCAGAAGCAUCUGUCUUCUGGUAGAAAUACCACAAACAUAAAGACUUUUGAAUCAACCCUCAGGGGCAUCGAGAGCCUGCACUUCAACAACGAUGAAAGGGUACAGUAUUAGUGAUACCAAACUUCAAUGCUCUCCCAGUGUAAAUUUCAAAUAAAACCCUAUUAUUCCGUCUGUUGAAAUGAAUAUGUGUUCUUGUGUCUCAGUAUUGUCACUAGUUGUUAACCCGGGGAAUGCAUGUGCUAUCUAACUGGUGGUUCCCUUUUUGGUACAUCGGCAGACAAUACAGUUGAAUACCAUGUGAUGGGAUAUGUAUAGUUUCAGAUUUAUAAUAGAACAUAAUAGCUUAUUGCUACAGGAAAGAAACUCUUUUAAAUUUAAUGAUCAAACGUUACUGCAAAUACGACGCAGUACUGUUUUACA